CAGUGUGAGAUCCAGAGGAGGCGGGAGAAAACACCUGUUGCGGAAGAAUCAAGUCGACAAAAGCAGCCUCCACGUCUUCAACAGAGAAACACCCCCGUAUCUCACUUGCUGAAGCCCAGUGGGACCAUGUGGGUUCUGGACAAGAUCCGUGGGUCGGUAGAAACCACUGUACUCCGGAGGGGGGAGAAUGGGGACAAGGAGGGCAAUACUCCAGCCUACAGCAAUGUUCUCACCCCUGAUAAGAUCCCUGACUUCUUUAUUCCCCCCAAGCUGGUCUCCUGCCCCCCAGAGCCUGAGACCCUGGACGUCGUCAAGCCCAAGGAAGGCCUUUGGCUCUCGGCCUCUGAGCAGACCAUUGGCAGUAAGAAAAUCAGCAGUCCUCAAAGUCCUCGUCUGGUCGUCAAGCUGGCUGGGGACACCAAGAACCUGCUGAGGGCAGCAAACCGUCACAUCAUCCAGAUAGAGAGCGCUGAUGAUGUGGUGGCAGGGGACACCAAUGCUGACCCUCAGUCUCAGACUGCUAUGUCACUGCCCUACGUCCCCAAGACCCAGACCUCCUAUGGUUUUGCCACUCUGAUGGAGAGCCCCCACACCCGCCGCAAGGAGUCGCUGUUCCACUGUGACCAGACCAGCCCUCUGACCUCCCCCAGCUGCCAGCGGAAGGGGAAGAGCAGCGUCAGCGAGGGCAACCACCUCAACCCCGCCUCUCACAACCCGUACCGCUACUUUAGUGGAGGGGAGAGUGACACCUGUUCCUCGGCUGAGUCCUCUCCCUUCAGCUCCCCGCUGCUCUCCCGCUCUGCCUCGCUGCUCAAGAUCUUCACACAUGAGACGCAGGCCAAGGUGGUGAAGGCCAAGAGCAAGUUUGCCCGCCACAGCUCCUUAUCCACAGACGAGUGCAGCUCGGCUGAGCCCAGUCCCAACGUGCUGCGGCGUCUCCACUCCCCUUCCCUCCACGGCAGUGGGCCGUCGGACCGUGAGCACACCAUUAACCUGCAGAAUGGCGGCAGGGUGAGGCUAAGCGCCGACUACGAUGCCGGCACAGCCCGCCUGCGCAUCCGUGUUCUGGCUGCCGAAGAGCUAUACGACAAGGUGUACGACAUCAAGAGCAUCAACUGCUGCGUGUCGCUGUACCUGAACCCUGGCAAGCUGCAGAAACAGAGGAGCACUAUCAUCAAGAACAGCCGGAAUCCUGUGUUCAAUGAGGACUUCUUCUUUGACUCUGUGACCUCAGUGCAGGUGAAGAACCUGGCAGUGAAGAUCAAGGUGGUGAAUAAGGGCACCAGCCUGAAGAGAGACUUUCUGCUCGGGGAGAGAGAGAUCCCUCUGGAGAAGCUGAUCCAUGACCUCUAGAUUUGUUCUGGAGAUACAGAACAGAACUUUGACUGACACUGAAUGAGACUAUGAAUGAUAAAGUGCAUGCAUGGAAGAGAUAUAAUUGGGAUUGAUGUUUCCUUGGUGCCCCACAGAGAACUGUCUGAAAGGUCUAGCAGCUCGUCUCUUAGAUGGUCACCUCCUCAACCUUCUGUUCCCUGAGCCUGCAGCCCUGCACAGCCCAACCUCCAGAUCAUGUGGUGGACAAUCAAAUAUGGCACAGGUCAAAAGACACCCGCACAUUUGAUUGACUCACUUUUUGUACUCUCUUGAUUUCAACGUUUUAUGUUGCAUAGUUGUAACUUAAUGUGACUCAUCCUCAGACGAUUCAGUGUUUAUUCAGUUCAGCACUACAACACCUUUAUGUAUCAGUGGGUCUACUAUAUCCUGAUUGUUGUUGCCAUCUACAGUACCACCUGGAGGGAGGGCCAAUCUGUGAUGUGACCACAAUGUCCCAAACCUGGAGGAUAGAGAUCAGACAUCCCCGUAUGCAUCCUCAUCCGCUUGGCAUGAAUAUGUAAAUGCAGUUAUACAUUAGCAGUUUGUACUUCAGUUUCAUAACACUCACAAACC